AUGCCAUCAACUCCAAGAUGGGCUGUUGCAAAUGGUGCUGGUGUCAUUUUAAGCAUUUGCGAUGAGGAGGUUGCAUGCUAUGAGACGGCAACUUUAACAGCUGCAGCGGUCCCUGCGCUUCUACUUCCUCUGCCAACAACAGCUUUGGACGAGCAUCUAGUUGCUGGGUUACCAGCUCUUGAACUGUACGCAUCUUUAUUUCAUCGAUACUUCGCCAUUGCAACUCCAAGCACCACCCAAAGACUUCUUCUUGGACUUCUAGAAGCACCACCAUCAUAG